AUGAAACUCUGCCAGGAUAUACCAUUAUCUCGUCGUACUAUAACAAGAAGAACGGAAGAUAUAAAUGAGAGUACGGAUAUCAAUAAUAUUUGCCAGUUAAUUAUUUGUAUUAAAACAGUUAAUGCAAAUUUAGAGUGCUUCGAAGAAAUGUUUGAAGUGGUUUCACUUCAUGGUCAUGUAACAGGACAAGUUUUGUAUGAUGCAUUAGAUGUUAAUGUUUUUGCAUUUGCUGACAAAAAUAAAUUAGCCUCAAUAUGUUCGGAUGGAGCAAAGGUAAUGAGAGGCAAAAAUAAAGGACUUUUGGGCAUUUUAAACAAAAAUGGAAUAAAUUGCCCAGCAUUCCAUUGUGUCAUACACCAACAAGCUCUUUUCUCCAAAGAGUUGGAAAUACGCACCACAUAUAACUGUGAGGUGGCAUUCUCAAGUAUGAAACUGAUUUUAAGUAAAUUGCGGAAUAGGUUAACCGAUCAACACAUUGGUGACUUAUUGCGUAUUAAGGAAUAUAAAGGAAACAUUGAUUUGGAUAGAUUAGUUGAACUUUAA